ACCGCUACAGCCUGUUUAUAUGGCAAAUGCAGAGGUUUCACUUCCGCCGACAGCUUCUGACACCUGGUGGUGUAAAAGGGAACUGCAGUAGUUAUUAAAGAAAUAGAGACUGACAAAGUAUGAGAGAACAAACUCAAGUUUAUUAUGUUAGCAAAGGUUCAAAUGGCCGAUGUGACAGCAGGCAUACGGUCUUUAAAGAAGUGUCAACGGUGCUUCAGGGCCUCGUCCAUCAUUCACGGCUUUUAUAAUGCUCCAACUGGGAAAGAAUCCAACCAGAAGGUCCGAGGACGGCCAGAGUCAUCACAGCCAGGACGAAGGCAGAUUGCUGUAGGGCAUAUAACAUGUCACUCUCAUGAAAUUAAAUCAACGAACAUUUUAAAGUCAAGACAUUUUCCAGCUACCGGGCAAAAUGUCAGUAAACUUUUUUACGUUUGUGAACUUACCACUGGACCAAUGUUAUCUUUAGGUGGUUUGCCAUUGAUAUAACCUGCUCGCUGUUCAAUCAUUGCACCCGUCCUGAGAGCAAGAGCCCGUGGGGCCCUCAGCAGUCCGACAAACAGCACACACAUGUUUGGCUUGGAAAGAAAAAAGGCUCGAGACUAGAGAAACCACCGCUGUAGAGGUUGGGGGGAGGUAAGCACCUCAGCACUGACGUCAUUCAUGGAUUACUCUUUGAUUAUUCCUUGAAGUUCCCCUGAGGCCUCACGCUACUGACGCGCCAGGUCGUAAGUGGGUCGGCUCAGCAUUAGCUGGUGUGAAGGUUGUAGACUGGAGGCUGGUUAGAUAAUCUGGUUGCCUGUUUGCUGGUGGUGCAGAUGAGUUUGUCUCAUUCAAACUGCAGAGGGGAAGCUUAUCUUACCUUCCCCCUUGAUAGUGCCCUCCACCCUCUCUACAUGGCAGAGGCACCAGUGUCCACCUCCUCUGAGGAUGGUCUGCCUGUGCAGUGGACAUUUUCCAAUCGACGCAGCAGGAAGCCAGGAUGCUCCAACAUCUUUUCAGGGGUCAACCUUCACCAGCUGCACAGGCUGUUCCGAACAGCAGGGGACAGAGAUGCGGAACAUCGGGCGAAGCUGGUCUGGCGAGGGAUGGAUGCAGAUGUGGAGGGAGCAGAGGAGGCGAAGGAGGAGGAAGGGGAGGAGAGAGAGGACGAGGCAGGGCUGGCCCAGGCCUUGGUGGGGCUCCGAGUCAGAGCAAGGAAUAAAGCAGGCAUCAGAGUUGAGGGACACAGAGAUCACAAGUGGCUCAAAGCGUCAGGAUAUCUCAGGAUUCAGGACUCAUCAUCUGGCUGCACUGCUGAGGAUGAGCAGGCCGACACACCGCCCAGUCCGGGAGAAUUGCUGCCAGCGACUGAGGAAAACAUCUUAGAGAACCAAAAUCCCUUCAAACCCUCCUCAUGGAGGUUGGAUGUGGCGAGACAGGAGUGUGCCAGACACUCUGAACGCUACCUUCACCGCAUCCUCCACUAAAAACAGACUGGAACGAUACACAGUGGUUGAAGAUGUAAUACAGCUCAAGUCCUGAAAUACAGGAUGGUUUGGAAGGACGUGCUGUAUUAUAGAUAACCAAUCGCACUCUGGUUUUUAUUUGUUUAUAUUCUAUUUUGUUGUUUGUCCAAUUAUUUUAUCAAAAUAUUCUAUGCUUUUAUUUAUUUACUUCUACCCUCCAAUUUAUCUCUGUAUAUUUAUUUUAUCAUUUCAGUGUCUCUUUGUAAAGCACACGUCAGUGAUCUAUAAAUAAACUGGACUUGACAAUGCA